AAUUACAUAGCUGUACAACUUGUAAGUCAUCUCUUUAACCUGGCAACUUUAAUUCACAAUAAAUGCAACAGCGACGACAACAUGUCUUUUGAUCCCGGAAGGAUCUCGAAGACCGACGCGGCUGCUUAUUCGUCCUCAUCAUCCGACGGUGAGGAUGAGGAUGAUCUCGAUCCCCGAGGCGAUGAAUUUCUUGAUUUCAACCCACGCAAACGAAGAAAGACCGGUCGCAACGCCAAAGAGAGCGCCGCGCUAGGCAUCUUCGGUUCCGACAGCGAGGAUGAUGGUCCUAGAAGAAGGUGGAAGUCAAAGAAGGAUUUGCGCCAUAAAAACAUGACAUUCGUCUCUGCUGGUCAAAAGAACUUCAACGAAGACUCCGAUGAUGACAACCAGGCGGAAGAUAACGAGAAUGACGAUGAAAACGAAGAUGAUUUAAACGCGCGCCCAGGCCUUGGUGCCAAAGCCGAUACUUCGCAAGCGCCAGAGCCGAAAUAUGAAGAGGAGGAAGAGGAUGAAGAUGAAGACAUGUCUGGAGUCGGUCUAGGAUUCGGCUCAUCCACACAGGGGUUGGGCUGGACGCCAACUACACAAUCCAACCCCAUACCGGCUGCCAGGGACACCCUAAAUAAGCCGCUAAAACCGAAAGCAAAAUAUGAUGGGACCACGCCUCUUGGAAGGGGGUUUGUUCCCUCCUCUGCGAACGAGCCCGUUCUAAAAGCAAACCUCGAUGAUGGUCCCUCUUCUGCGCCACAGACACCCAAGCCGAGCGCGUUUAGUCGUGGGGGGAAAGCAAAGUCGUUUGCAGCUAAAAUGAUGGAGAAGAUGGGUUACGUUGAAGGCCAAGGUUUAGGAGCACAGGGUCAAGGCCGAAAUAUCAUCAUUGAGGCAAACCUGCGUCCCCAGGGUGUCGGUCUCGGUGCUGUGAAAGAGAAAUCAGAACAAGAAAGGAAAGAGGAGAAACGGCAGGCCCGCUUACGGGGAGAGGAGGUCCCCGACUCAGACGAAGAAAGAAAGAAGGCGAAACGCGAAAGGAAGAAGAAGGGUCUGAACAGUUCAGCGGGCAGUGGCGCGAGCACUCCGAGAAAACCCAAGACCAAAUACCUGACUGUUACCGAUAUUCAGAAAGCCGCACCUGGCCUCCAUAUACCAGAUGCUUUUGCCCCAAUAUUAGAUCUUACGGGCCGUGAUAAAAAAUUGCUCACAUCUGGCUCGGGACUGUUAACUCCCACAGCUGGUACUGAAACUACUGCCCAGACUGAAUCGCGCAAGUUGGCAAGGCGCGCCCAAGGAGAUCUUGCGGCGUUUGUGGAGGAAUGGAAGAGUCUUGAGGAGCGAAAAGCUUUCCUAGGAAUGGAAGAGGCGCAACGCCAGCAAGAGCUUGAAGAGCUUGAAAGCGAAUUUUCGGCUCUUACCGUGUUCUACUCCGUCCUAGAUCAGAUCAGCCAGGCUGUCUGUGACAGGAACUGGGACCUUGUAUUGUCUGGGCUCAAAAAAGUCGAGUCUACACCAUCAACCCAUGGUGACGAAGAGCUUGCCUCCAUCGCCGUAUCAGCCAUUCACCCCUUUUUGAAAGAUGCAGCUCAGGGCUGGCAACCUCUCGAAGACCCUAAACUAGGCAAUUUCGCAACCGAUCUCUCAGAUAUUCGGGGCAUAUUAGGUCUCAAGACUAAGAAUGUCAACGGCAAUGCCCUUUCGAAGUGGCAAGAUACCGAGCUUACUGGCACACAUCGGCAUCACAUAAGAUCUACAACGCCCUGGGAGAGCAUGAUCUACCAGGUUCUAUUCCCAAAGCUCGUCACAUCCAUUUCACAGGCAUGGGAUGUUCAUGACGCGACACCACUCUUGAGCAUUUUUGAUAAAUGGGAAGAGCUCUUUCCAGCUUUCGUCCGUUCGCAACUAUUAGUCCAGGUAGUAAACAGGCUCGAGACUGCAAUCAGCAGUUGGAAACCAAGGAAGAAGCACGAAAACCUGCAUAUUUGGCUUUUCCCAUGGCUUCAACAUAUUCCAGCCCAUCACCUCGAGCCUAAGGGCACCGGGCUGGUAGGGGAAGUAAGGCGCAAAUUCAGGCAGUUGAUUGACACCUGGGAUUUCUCCAAGGGGGUUGUUCCGAGCCUCAAAGAAUGGAAAGACGUAUUCCGCCCGACUAGAGAACAGGACCAGUGGAAACCCUUGGUUAUGCACCAUAUAUUACCAAGUAUGGCCCGUUACCUGCGCACGAAUUUCCGGGUCGACCCAAGCGAUCAAGAACCAUAUCUAGAGAUGCUCAAUGGAGUUAUGAGAUGGACAGAUAUUAUUUCAACAUCCAUGGUAGGGGAGGUCUUGGUAUCGGAGGUAUUCCCCAUGUGGCACGAUAUCCUUUACCAAUGGUUAACGAGCGCGGACCCCAACUACGAAGAAAUCGCGACGUGGUAUGAAUGGUGGAAGGACCAGGUAUUCCCGGCUGAGAUCUCAUCUCUGCCAAGUAUCACGGCCGAGUUUGAAAAGGGAACAGCAAUGAUUGAGAAUGCUCUCGAUCUUGGCGUUGAUGUAAAGAGUCAGCUUCCUCGCCCAGACGGAAAACCAGCUCACCAACCCAAGCCACGCUCUCACAAGCCGAGAAAAGUCGAGCCAGAGCAACCACCUAAGCUGCCUUUUGAGAAGCCAGAACCUACCUUCCGCAAUGAAGUUGAGGACUGGUGUCAGGAGAAUGAUCUCCAGUUUAUUCCUAUUCACAAAGCUAACCAGGAGGGCAAGCACUAUUUCCGUAUCACGGCUCGCAUGGAUGGUAAAGGAGGCGUCCUGGCCUUCUUCAGAGGCGGCGAUAUUUUGGUGAUCGAGUCUCGAAAGUUGAACCUAGAAUUGAAACGGGACGUGAAAGAAGAUUGGGGGCUCUUGAUAGAACCCCUGUAUCAGGAACUUGAGCAAGGUGGGAGGAGGUGAAAUUAUCAAUAUGCCUCGGGAGAACGCUCGGGAGAGAGCAGUUUAUAGACACAGGUGUACAUGGUUGUAUACCAUUCUUGAAUUAAUAUCCGAGUACUAUACCCCUCGUUUUGUUGUUAUUGCCAUGAUUAUUAUCUAGAACUUCACAAGUCGACUUUAAGUCACCAAUUUUUAUUCGUCUGGGCUGAGAUGGAGUUGCGUGUAGUCUUCUUACCUGGGUGCGUACAAUUAACCAAGUCAUAGUAUCACGGAAAUCUACAGUCCUUUCUACCCUCGGGAUGUUCGCCAUAAUGAGUAUACAAGACAAGACAAGACAACAUCUAUUAUUUCAGGGUUCAACAGUGGGGGUUUGGGUUCCCCCUAUCCUUCUUCUCCAGUACCUUCUUAGAUAGAUGCUUCUUGCCCAACACAAGAACAACAUCAUCAUCACUCCUUCUUCCUCUCUCUAAGGUUUCUCGUGGAAUGUUUAUCACGCCUUCCAAUCUAUACCUAUAUUGAGGGUUCUAAUCCAGCCACCGGUCCUUUUUGAUGUUUUCUCUCCAUCUCAUCUCUUUUCUACAAAUAUCAUCGCCGCCAUCAACCCCCCAGUAUCCAUCUAUCUAGCUAAUCACCACCGCAUUGUUAUUGAUUAUUUUUCAUUCCGUUGACUAGAUUAUACUCUUCUAUAGUCACCAAUAGGCCUUUUGAAUUGCCCCUUA